AAAGGUGGUGUUGAUACUUUUGACAAAAUGCUACGUGGAUUUUCUGGCAAAAGAAAAACAAACCACUGGCCCAUGGGAUUAUUUUAUAAUAUGCUGGAUAUUGCUGGGCUUGCAGCGUUCAGGCUGUUUGAUGUUAGUCACCCUAUGUGGAACACCAAUUAGUCUGAAAAGCGUAAAAUAUAUUUGAAAGAACUCUCUAUGGAGCUAGCGCAAAAGCAAUUACAAAACCGAUGCAAAACAAAAAUUAAUUCUACAACUAAAAUUGCAUUGGACUUGAUCAAUUUCAAACGGUUUCCUGCAGUGGUGAGCUCGCGUCCAUCAAUAAAGGUCAACACUUUGAAACGGCGGUGUGAAACCUGCAAAACUAAUAAGAUCGAUAAUAAAACAACAGCAGUUUGUGACCAUUGCCUUAUUCCGACAUGCACCAAACACUAUAUAAGGACGUGUGAAAAGUGCUAUUUUGCAAAAUACAAUGCCGAAGCUGAAACGGACUCAGACAACGAUGAAUAUGUGGACAAUACUCCAAAAACGUCUACACCCAAUCAAAAUAUAUCAGAAAGACAGAGAAGAAUUUCACCCAUUUGAGCAGUUCGAAAUUAAAACUUUAUUUGAUUUUCAUAUUUUUCAA